UUAGUUCACUUAAACAACAUGAGGCACACUUGUCUGUUAAUUUGGGCAGCAUACAUAUUUUUUGUAAAUGCCACCGAAUUAACAUUUGAACUGCCCGAUAACGAGAAACAAUGUUUUUACGAGGACCUAGACGAGGAAGCCAAAUUUGAAAUAGACUUUCAGGUCAUAGCUGGAGGGAACUAUGAUGUUGACUGUUUUGUGACAGAUCCGAUGAAUAAUGUCCUGUAUCAGGAACGAAAGAAGCAAUAUGACAGCUUUUCCCAUACAACAACCAUGAAGGGAGUGUACAAGGUUUGCUUCAGCAACGAGUUCUCAACCUUCUCUCACAAAACUGUUUACCUGGACUUCAGAACUGGAGAGGAGAUACCAUUACUGCCUGACAUGAACAGAGCAACAGCUCUCACACAGAUGGAGUCAGCCUGCAUGUCCAUCCAUGAGAUCCUGAAAGUGGUUGCAGACUCUCAGACUUGGUAUCGUCUUCGGGAGACUCAAGACCGAAUCAGGGCAGAAGACCUAAAUGAGCGUGUUGCCUAUUGGUCCAUUGGAGAGGCCAUCAUCCUAUUUGUUGUUAGUAUUAGCCAGGUGCUUAUGCUUAAAAGUUUCUUCAAUGAGAAGAAAACCUAUGGUGCCACCAGCACAUAGACACUGUUUUCUUGUCUGCCUUAUUCUAUCCUUUAAGAUAAUCAGCUGAUCAGUCUGAUCCCUUUAAAACAAGUAGUAUUGACUGAUGCCUACAACCAACCAAAAAUUACUUCUAUUUCAAACAGAAUGCCUUAAUUGCUGAGCAAUGUAUUAAAUGCUGUGCAAAGGUCAAUAUCUAUUGUAGUAAAUUCAAAUUGGUCUCUGUGUGCACUGCUCUUAAUACUACUGCAGUAAUGGGAGGAUCUACUGCACUUUUGUUCUGCUACAUCCUUUUUGUUGGUUUGUACCACUGAAUUAAUUAAUACUUAGCAUUCAGUGUUGUUCUUUGAUCUUUUUUUUUGUUGUUGUGAAAAACAAAAUCUGCUUUUUUUCACUUUAAAAAAUGUUACUUGUUAAAGGGAUAAUUCACCCAAUAAUGAAAAUUCUCUCAUAAUGAACUUGCCCUCAUACAGUCUCAGAUGUUUGACUUUCUUCUGCUGAACACAAACAAAGAUUUUUAGUGGACUAUUUCAGCUCAAGAGGCACUUUUUAGAUUUAGAUUUUUAGUGGACUAUUUAAGCUCAAGAGGCCCAUACAAUGCAAGUGAAUGGUGACCAGACCGUUCAAUCACCCAAAAUCACAUAAAGGCAGCAUUACAAAGUAAUCCAUGCGACUCCAGUGGUUUCAUCUAUUUCUUCAGAAGUGAUGCAAUCACUUUGGGUGAGAAAGAGAUCAAUAUUUAAAUUCUUUUUUACUGUAUAUUUUUUUCUUUCAGAAUGUGAAAGUGGAGAUAAAUAGUAAAAAAGGAUUUAUAUGAAUUACUUUUAUGCUGCCUUUAUGUGAUUUUUUGGAGCUUGAAAGUCCUGGUCACCAUUCACUUGCAUUGAAUGGGCCUAUAAUAUUCCUCUAAAAAUCUUCGUUUGUGUUCAGCAGAAAGAAAGUCUUACACAUCUGGGAUGGCAUGAGGGUUAGUAGAUGAUGUGAGAAGUUUAGGGUGAACAAUUACUUUAAAUAUUUCACUUGUUAACUUGAAAUACUUAUUUCUUAUUAUACACCUUUAUACAUAUAUAAAACAAAUAAUUUUAUUUUGGUAGUUAAAAAAAUAUGAUGGUGAAUAUACUACUGUGUAGAACAUGUUUUUCAAUGUUGCAAAGCCCCUCUUUGAAUAUUCCUAUAGGAACCACAUUCAAAAGGAAAAAUCCAUGGGAUUAUAUUAAACCAUCUAACCAAAUAAAAAGUGCUCAUUGAAAUUCAUAAUUUACUUCCCAUAUAUAAUUGCAAAGAUUGUGCAACUUUAAGUGCCAACUGCUUGCACGCUAUUACAGAUUUAUCAUGCAUCACUAACUUGAUGUGUAAUUUAAACAUUAUUUUUCUAGACAUCACUAGAUUAUGUUAAUACUUAAUAACCAAUAACUAUGUCUUUAUGCAGUGAGUCAGAUGUAAUGUUUACAGUUCCAAAUAUCUGUUACAGAUUUGACCUUUUCCCAUUUUUCAGCCCAAAAGUGUGAAUGGAAGGUGAAUUGAUUUGUUACAUUCAUUAAUUAUAAUUUGUCGUAAAUACCUUGCUUGGAGUUGUCUAUGUCCUUGCCUCAUUGUAUUAAUUGAAUAAAUAAAAACAAUGUUUUUCUGUAUCAGUUUAAUAUAAUAUAAUCACAGACAAAUCACAAGAAAUCCAUUGUUUGAGAUGCCAACUGGCCAAGCAGAACAGUGCUUGCAUUUUAAUAUCACGUCUUUCAACACCGGAGUGUACAUUGAGAUACAGUAGUUAUUUUUGAGGGGAGAAAACCAGUAAUCUCAUGAAAGAUUAACAUCACUAUUCACCUAUGAAGAAACUGAAAAUGUGAAUGAAUGACACAUUGAUGUUUAUUAUAUCAUGGUAUACCUGUUUUGCACAAUCAAGAGACCCUCAUAAUUGUUGAUUUCUGUCACAUUAGGAUGUGUAAUAUAUUUG